CUCAUAUCGGAAAGCUUGCGAACGUGCCUGGUCGACGAGAUUGCCGUUUUAUCACAAACGAUACAGGGAGGCGUGCAGAGUUUUAGUUUAAAUUUACCAGUGUCCACGUGUACUUGCAUACAAUUUCAAACAAAAAUGGGAAUUAAUUUAGGCGACGUUUUCCCUAAUUUUGAGGCGGAAAUUUUCGAUGAAACGGCCGCAAAUGGCUUAAAGAAAAUAAAGUUUCAUGAAUGGAUUGGAAAGGACAGCUGGUCGAUCCUAUUCUCCCACCCGAGGGACUUCACCCCGGUAUGCACGACCGAACUGGGAAUGGUUAGCCAGUUAGUGGACGAUUUCGCCAAGAUGAAGACGAAGGUGAUCGCCCUCUCAUGUGACAGCGUGGAGGAACACAAGGGCUGGUCCAAGGACGUUAUGGAUUACAGCAAACAGAAGGCGUUCGGCUUCCCGAUCAUUUCCGACCCGAAGCGCGAACUAGCGAAGCAACUGGGUAUGAUUGAUCCGGAUGAGCAGACGGAAACUGGGAUGCCAUUGACUUGCCGGGCUGUUUUCAUUAUCGGACCAGACUACAAACUGAAGCUGUCUAUGCUGUAUCCGGCUACCACCGGUAGAAACUUUGAUGAGAUCAAAAGGGUAGUGACCUCACUGCAGCUAACAGCCACAAAGAAAGUCGCCACCCCGGCUAACUGGAAGCUCGGGGAUAAGUGCAUGGUCAUCCCGUCCCUGAGCCUAGAUGAAGCCAAGAAGUUGUUCCCCAAGGGCGUUGAGGUCUGCCAAAUGCCCUCGGGCAAGGGUUACAUGAGGUUUACCCCCGACCCCUCGGACAGUUAGAUCUUGUAUCAGGAUCGUGUAUGCCACUCGCGUUGACAAAUUAACUAACUUGACGCUGUCAUAACGUUUAGUUUACAAUAGGUGGUAUUCAAUGUUGAAAUCUGAUAUUUAUCUAACAAUGGUAAGAGAACGGUUGUUUUAUGCAACUGCUCAUUUUUUGCGUUCAAGAUUGAAGCGUUUAUUCUUAAUUCAAGUAAUUUUGCUUGGUUUUUGAACAAUAUACACGUCUAAUGUCAGACUGUACAUUAUUGUAGGGUUGAAUAUUGAAUGCCACCCUAUUGAAACUAUAAAGAUACGCAAUAUUGGAAAUAAUAUGUUUUUGAUAUGUUUUGUGAUUAGACCAGUUAAUAUCCAUAUACAUAUUCAUUACAGUGUUAUUGCAAUCGAAGUGCUUAUGAAUACUAUUGUGCUCUGUUAAGCUUAAUGUUGAUCUUGCGGAUUAGCUUAAUAUCUAUCACAUAAAUAAAUUGCAUUGAAUGGCAGCAAAAGUUGAGUUGUUGAUAUUAAAGAAAUAUAAGUAAAUAUCAAAUUAGCCGUAAAAUUGUUCCUAUUUAUGGGAAAUGAUAACAUCUUCAAUUUUAAGUUCAUUUUAUAUAAUUUCGCAACGUUUUUUAUAUUACAAUCAGUUGAAUUUGUAUUGAUAGCCCGAUUAAACCCAAACAAUCUU